CGCGCGUGCGCAGUGGCAUCGGCCGCCGGCUCACGCGUGUGGAGGCACCGCCGCGCCUGGCUGUAGUCGCGCUCGGCGCGGGGUCCCGGCGGCUGCGGCGGCGCGCGGGGUCGGCGGGGUCAUGUCGUGGCUCUUCGGCAUCAACAAGGGCCCCAAGGGCGAAGGCGUGGGACCGCCGCUGCCGGUGCAGCCCGGGGCCGAGGGCGGUGGGGACCGCGGCGCGGGAGACCGGCCGGCGCCCAAGGACAAAUGGAGCAACUUCGACCCCACGGGCCUGGAGCGCGCGGCCAAGGCGGCGCGCGAGCUGGAGCGCUCGCCCGAGCGGGCAGUGGCGGCCGCAGCCCCGCGUCUCGCGGGAGGAGCCGGCCCCGGGAGUGCGCCGGGCCGCUGCCGUCUCUUGUGCCCGGAGGUUCGCAGCCUGCCUGUCCCCUUCGCGCGCCUCAGGCCACGCCAAGGAGGCGCUGAGUCUCGCCCAGAUGCAGGAGCAGACGCUGCAGCUGGAGCAGCAGUCCAAGCUCAAGGAGUACGAGGCCGCCGUGGAGCAGCUGAAGAGUGAGCAGAUCCGUGUGCAGGCUGAGGAGAGGAGGAAGACCCUGAGCGAGGAGACCCGGCAGCACCAGGCGAGAGCCCAGUACCAGGACAGGCUGGCCCGGCAGCGCCAUGAGGACCAGCUGAAGCAGCAGCAACUUCUUAAUGAGGAGAAUUUACGGAAACAGGAGGAGUCCGUGCAGAAGCAGGAGGCCAUGCGGCGAGCCACCGUGGAGCGGGAGAUGGAGCUGCGUCAUAAGAACGAGAUGCUGCGGGUGGAGGCGGAAGCCAGGGCCAGGGCCAAGGCCGAGCGGGAGAACGCAGACAUCAUCCGGGAGCAGAUCCGGCUGAAGGCCGCCGAGCACCGCCAGACCAUCCUGGAGUCCAUCAGGUGGGCGAGCCGGGCCCGGCCCCCCGCCUCCCCGUGCCUGGAGUCCAUCAGGUGGGCGAGCCGGGCCCGGCCCCCCGCCUCCCCGUGCCUGCAGUCCAUCAGGUGGGCGAGCCGGGCCCGGCCCCCAGCCUCCCCGUGCCUGGAGUCCAUCAGAACAGCUGGCGCCCUCUUCGGUGAAGGCUUCCGUGCCUUUGUGACAGACUGGGACAAGGUGACAGCCACGGUGGCUGGGCUGACGUUGCUGGCGGUCGGAGUGUAUUCUGCCAAGAACGCCACGGCUGUCGCAGGCCGGUACCUGGAGGCCCGGCUGGGGAAGCCGUCCCUGGUGCGCGAGACGUCUCGUAUCACAGUGCUGGAGGCCCUGAGGCACCCUGUGCAGGUCAGCCGGCGGCUCCUCAGCAGACCCCAGGAUGCCCUGGAAGGUGUUGUGCUCAGCCCCAGCCUGGAGGCACGGGUGCGGGACAUCGCCAUAGCAACGAGGAACACCAAGAAGAAUAAGAGCCUGUACCGGAACAUUCUGAUGUAUGGGCCGCCAGGGACUGGCAAGACACUGUUUGCUAAGAAACUGGCCCUGCACUCCGGCAUGGACUACGCCAUCAUGACGGGUGGGGACGUGGCCCCCAUGGGGCGGGAAGGCGUGACUGCCAUGCACAAGGUCUUCGACUGGGCCAACACCAGCCGGCGAGGCCUCCUGCUCUUCGUGGACGAGGCAGACGCCUUUCUGAGGAAGCGGGCGACCGAGAAGAUAAGCGAGGACCUCAGGGCCACCCUGAACGCGUUCCUGCACAGGACGGGCCAGCACAGCAGCAAGUUCAUGCUGGUCCUGGCCAGCAACCAGCCGGAGCAGUUCGACUGGGCCGUCAAUGACCGCAUCGACGAGCUGGUCAGCUUCGAGCUGCCGCGGCAGGAGGAGCGGGAGCGCCUGGUGCGGAUGUACUUUGACAAGCACAUCCUCCAGCCGGCGACGGAGGGAAAGCAGCGGCUGAAGCUGGCCCAGUUUGACUACGGGAGGAAGUGUUCCGAGGUGGCCCGGCUGACAGAGGGCAUGUCGGGCCGAGAGAUCGCCCAGCUGGCUGUGGCCUGGCAGGCCAUGGCGUACGCCUCUGAGGACGGGGUCCUCACCGAGGCCAUGGUGGACGCCCGCGUGCAGGACGCCAUCCGGCAGCACCAGCAGAAGACAGAGUGGCUGAAGGCCGAGGGGUCGCUGCCGGGGGGCAGCCCCCACCCCAACCCCUGAGCCCACGGGGCUGGGCGGGGCUCGGACCCCAGCCUUUGCAGCAGCCGCCCUUUCCUUCCGGGGGCCUCCUUCCUGCCCCUGGGGAGAGGCGUCCCCAGGCCCCACCCACCUGGGCCCCCCAGGCACAGCAGGUGCUAGCUAAACCCCCAGGGGGCCACAGGAUCGGGGUCUGCUGUGGGCUAGGCCGGGGGCAGGACCCACCGGGACACCAGCGGGUGGCCUGGGCCCUUCCCCGGCAUGAGGGGCCUGGCGGCUGUGCCGGGGCCUGCUGCUCCCCCAGGGUGGAGCUGGGGUCUUUCUAUCAGAACUGAAUAAAGCCGUCUGAGCUGA